GAGCCAGCACUGCUCAUUGCAUCAUAUGUAUGUCAAUUUCGUAGUGGAACGAUUCUCUAGCAUGGGCAGACACCAGACACUAAAUUGCGUGCGAGGCUUUAAAAGGCCCAUCUUCGUACGCUACGCGUGUUUAGUUGUAGUUUGGCAGUUGCUGCGGAAGCGCUUUAGGAUUAAAGUGGUCCAGGCACCCAAAACCCAAAACCCAAAUAAUCAAUCAAUCGGUCUGUCUGUCUGUCUGCCUGUCGCUUUCUCUCUGUUCCUAAAUGGCUCUGCGUUGGAGUAAAGCGAGCGCGUUUCUCCUGACCCUCAGCGUGAUCCUGUUGCUGACGCAAACGCAAUCGAAGCUGCUGACUCGCUGCCAGCUGGCCAAGGAGCUGCUGCGUCACGAUUUUCCACGCAGCUACCUAUCCAACUGGGUCUGUCUGGUGGAAUCGGAGAGCGGACGCAGCACCUCAAAGUCCAUGCAGCUGCCCAAUCAGAGCGUCAGCUACGGACUCUUUCAGAUCAACAGCAAGAAUUGGUGUCGCAAGGGUCGUCGCGGUGGCAUCUGCAAUAUCAAAUGCGAAGAAUUUCUGAAUGAUGAGAUCUCGGAUGAUUCGCGCUGUGCCAUGCAGAUCUUCAACCGUCACGGCUUUCAGGCCUGGCCCGGCUGGAUGAGCAAAUGUCGUGGGCGUACGCUGCCCGAUGUCUCUCGCUGCUAGGCCGCAAAGGGGGGCUGCAUAGC